ACGUGAGAGGGGGGAUCUAUGUCGCCGGCGUUGGGUUUCAGCAUGGUGGUUUUUGGCAAAGGUGUUUUGGCUAGUAGUUUUAAGCCGGGAAGGGAGGGGGAAUUCGAGUUGGGUAUGGUGGUUUAGAGGAGGGACGUGGGCACCGGCAUAGGGCAGGGAGGUUGUGCGGCGGCGGCGCGGUGGGGAGAGCAGUUGGGAGCCGGAGACGAGGGGUAAGGCUAGGUGGCGGUUAUGGGAGGGCGAGAUAGUGGCUGGCAAGUAAGUGGUGGUGGUUUUUUUUUUUUAAUAAUUUUUGUAAAAAGUUUUUUUAAAUUACUUAAUUAAUUAAUUAAAAUAAGAGUCCAUUAGAGGCUGCCACGUGGCUUAAUUAACUAAUAAUGACUAACGGAGUAAAGGAAAAGGGGAUGUUAUGACAUUUUUGUUAAACUCAGUGGUAUAUGGUGAAAUUAAAAGUUUUCGAUGGUAUAUGGUGAAUUAAGUGAAAACUCAGUGGUAUAUGGUGAAAAAACCGUUGAUUUGUUUAUAAUCAUGCCAUGAUGACUAGAAAAUAGACCCCACAAUAGUUGAUUUAUUUACAAAUAUGUCAUGAUGAUUAGGCAAAAAUUGUUGAUUCAUUUACAAUUUUGCCAUUUGAUAAACGAAUGUUGUUUAACAAAGAGAUAAAUUGGGCUUCCUCAUUAUUCUAAAGCGAAGAAAGUAAGAGAAAAUCUUUCAAAAAAAAAAUAAAAAAUAAGUAGAUAUCCUUGCUUUUCAAAUCUGGACCAAAUUUCUGUCAGCCCACCAAAAACAACAACCUCACUAUCCAGCCCACUCAGUAAGACCCAGUCCACCUCAAUGACUACGGACUUGAGUCACUUGACUAACCCGAACAACGUCUCACCGUCGCACACAACUUCUAUACCGGAAUUGAUGAGAGAGAAACACAAAAUCAGUGAUCAAGUAAAAUUGCGAUGAACUGUAGAUCGAUCGUCGGAAUUUGGCCGAAGAAUCCGCCGUCUCACCGCAUCACCGCCGUCGCUGUUAUCGACAAACCGUUGUCUCUUUACACCGGCGCCUCCGACGGCUCCGUCGUCUGGUGGCAUUUCUCCGACGAUACCUCUUCUCCGAAGAUUAAACCUGUUGCUAUGUUAUGUGGUCAUGUUGCGCCAAUAGCUGAUCUUUGCGUUGCUUAUCCUCUUUUACCUUCAUUAGAUGAAAAGGUUGAUAAUGAUGAUAGUGGUGUAGGGUUUGACAGUCUGCCCGGCAGCGAUCAGGCUGCAUUAGUAAGUGUGUGUAGUGAUGGUUUAUUGUGUGUUUGGAGUCGAGGGAGUGGACAUUGUAGGUGUCGAAGGAAGUUGCCUGCUUGGGUUGGCAGUCCAUCCAUUGUUCAGGCAUUGCCGGCAAAUAGGAGAUAUGUAUGUGUGGCUUCGUGUUUUGCUGAUAAUUCACGUAGUUCGGACGCUGAAAAUGUGGAUUCGACUGAAGGGGGUGAGGUUCCUGGGGAUGAGGAAUCUUUGAGCAAAAAACCACUGAAAUGUACUAUUAUUAUUGUUGAUACAUAUUCCCUCAAUAUUGUGCAAACUGUAUUUAAUGGGCAAUUGUCGAUUGGGCCACUAAAGUUCAUGACCCUAGUUGAGUUUAUUGAUGACAAACAAAAGCAUUCCGCUCUUGUAAUUGAUUCAUUUGGUAAAAGUCAGUGUAUUCCAUUGGUUAAAGACUAUAAUCUGGAAGAGGGUGGGGUGAAGCUGCAUCAAAGUUCUUCUCUUGUGAAUAACAGGCCUUAUGAAGGAGAAUUGGUAUUAUCUGUAGCCACUUUUGGGCAAUUGUUUGGAUUAGUGUAUAAAACCGGCUGCAUCUUUUUCUUAGUUUCCAGUGCUAUGGUAAUUGGAGUCAUUUCUUUUGAAGACAACCAUCGUGGUGGAGCUGAUUUCAGUGUAUCACGUGUCGCUGGAGGCAUGUUUUUCACUUCUGACCAUACUUGUACUUCAGAGUCCGGAAAUGUUCACAAUGUCAUAGGUUUGAAAUUUUCUGUGUGGGAUGAGAGAGGAUCAGCCAUCAUAUACGAGUUAUCUUAUGUGGGUGACACUUUCAAGUAUGAGGUUGUAAAUCAGAUACCUGCUACUGCUUGUCCGGUGAAUGUGAAAUUGUCAAGUAAGUUUGUUCAAUUGCAACAAAACUUUCUUCGAAUUGAAUCAAUUUGCUUUCAUAAUGAGGAGCCUUCCUUGUGGAGACCUCGUGUAACUAUAUGGUCACUGCAUCAGCUGCCUGAUGACCACGAGAGCUUUGGCAAAAUCUGUAGGUUACUUGGAGAAGGGGACUUCCUUGACGAUUGGGCUGAUGAAUCAAGUUAUGUGAUAAACUCUGAGGCCUCAAAGCAUACUCCUGGAGUGUCUCCUUUGACUACAAUGGCUAGUACUCUAGACCAGGUAGUUGCAGGCACUUUGCACAAAGAUGAUCAAGAUUGCACAAAAGAAAAUAUUGUUUCUUCAACAAUGAUUAUAUCACUAUAUGCUCAUACCCCGUAUGCAAUUGUGUAUGGCUAUCAUAGCGGUCUAAUAGAGCUAGUCCAGUUCAACUUCUUGGCGCAGGAAAUAAACUCUGAUGCAUCCAAAAAACAAUUUUUGGGACACAAAGGGCCAGUUUUAUGUUUGGCAGCGCACCAGAUGACAGGGGCUUCCACUGAGCAGGUAUGCAGCAAUGUUCUAUUGUCAGGGAGCAUGGAUUGCACACUUCGUGUAUGGGAUCUUGAGACUUGCAAUACAAUUAUGGUGCUGCACCACCAUGUGGCCCCUGUUCGCCAAAUAAUCCUGCCACCAUUGCAAAGUUAUCAUCCGUGGAAUGAAUGUUUUCUCUCUGUUGGUGAGGACUGUUGUGUUGCCCUUGUGUCUCUUGAGACUUUGCGUGUUGAAAGAAUGUUUCCAGGACAUCCUAGCUAUCCUCUGCAAGUGGUAUGGGAUGGUGUGAGAGGUUAUUUGGCUUGCCUUUCUCAGAAUCUGUCAGUAGCAUCAGGUACAAAGGACGCCUUAUACAUAUGGGAUAUGAAGGCUGGUUCUAGAGAGCGGGUUUUGCGCAGUGCAGCAGCUCACUCAAUGUUUAAUAACUUUUGCAAAGGUGUUAACAUAUCUGGGCAUGCAUCCAAUUAUAAUACCUCGAGAUCCUCAUUGAUCCCAUCAUUGACAGAACAAGGAAGCUCGUUGCCAUCUAAUCUAGAAAGCCGUGUGUCUGUUUCAUUCAGUGAAAUAAAUCUGACAGAGCGCAGCUCGUCAUCACUCAGUAGUAGUAGUGCCAGAUCUGUUAAACUAAGUACAGGAAACCAUGAAAAGCUUCCAAUUAGAUGUUCCCGUCCAAUAUCUGGAAUUGCAAUUCUAAGUUUUGACCUUUCAGCUUUGUUAUCUCCUGAUGUUUUUGGGGAUGUUGAAGGAAACAAAUCAGAUGCCCCUCUAAAUGAAUCACAGGUAUCAAUUAAUUCCGAGCUGGGGACUAUGUCAAAUUAUUCUGUUGAGCAAGGGAAUCUUCGAGAUAUGACGAAGAUUAAUCAAUGCAUUGACUCAUUUAGAUUAAGCUUACUGCAAUUCAGCCUCUCAUUUUUGCAUCUAUGGGGUGUCGAUGUUGAACUUGAGCGCUUACUUAUGAUGGAAAUGAAUAUAAAAAGAUAUGAAAACGUUAUGUUGGCUCCUGGUUUGGAAGGGGAUGGAGGAUCUUUUACAAUAACAUUCCCUGCUUUCAGUUCUGCUCUUCAGCUUUGGAAAUCAUCAUCAAAAUUUUGUGCACUGAGGUCAUUGACAAUGCUGUCCCUUGCCCAGAGCAUGGUUAGCUUGUCCCACUCUUGUUCAGGAGCCAGCAGUGCUUUAUCUGCAUUCUAUACACGUAAUUUCGCUAAGAAAGUUCCUGGUGUGAAGCCUCCAUCACUACAGCUAUUGGUCAGCUUCUGGCAAGAUGAAGAUGAGCAUGUUCGUUUGGCUGCCAGAUCUUUAUUUCACUGUGCUGCUUCAAGGGCUAUCCCUCCACCCUUGUGUUGCUUGAGAACAACUGAACACACGAAUACUGUAAACUCUGUAGGUCAAGUGGGAGAAAGCGAAUUGGUAAAUGAGAAAAAGACAGGAACCCAGGCUAGCUGUCUGCAUGCUGAAAGGUCUGCAGAAAUUCAAGGGGCAUCUUUGCAAGUUGAAGAAGCUGAGAUACAGAAAUGGCUUGAAUCUUAUGAACUGCAGGAUUGGAUUUCUUGUGUUGGUGGAACAAGUCAAGAUGCGAUGGCAUCUCAUAUUAUUGUUGCAGCAGCUCUAGCUGUUUGGUAUCCAAGUCUUGUAAAACCCAGCCUUGCCAUGUUGGUCGUCCAUCCACUAAUAAAACUAGUCAUGGCUAUGAAUGAGAAAUAUAGUUGUACAGCUGCUGAACUCCUAGCUGAAGGCAUGGAGACAACAUGGAAAGCAUGUAUAGGUGCUGAAAUUCAUAGUUUUAUUGAGGACAUUUUCUUUCAAAUAGAAUGUGUAAGUGGUGCUUCUGCGAAUACUUCAUCUGUGGCUGCAGCUGUACCUCCUAAACUUCGGGAAACUUUAGUCAACAUUCUUCUUCCAAGUUUAGCAUUGGCAGAUAUACCUGGAUUUCUGAGUGUAGUCGAAGGCCUUAUUUGGUCUACUGCCUCUGAUUCACCAGUUCAUAUAGUAUCCCUUAUGACUUUCAUUAGGCUCAUGCGUGGUUCGCCCAGAAACUUAGCUCAGUAUCUAAAUAAGGUGAUCAACUUCAUCUUGCAAACAAUGGAUCCUGCCAAUACAGUUAUGCGCAAGACUUGCCUCCAGAGUUCAAUGGCAACUUUGAAAGAGGUUGUACGUGUUUAUCCAAUGGUUGCUCUCAAUGAUACCUCUACACGCUUAGCUGUUGGAGAUGCUAUUGCAGAGGUUAACAAUGCAAGUAUUCAUAUUUAUGACAUGCAAAGUGUCACGAAAAUCAAGAUUCUUGAUGCAAGUGGACCCCCCGGACUCCCAACUUUGUUUUCUGGAGCUCCUGAAACUGUCCUUUCUGCAAUAUCUACAUUGACCUUUUCACCAGAUGGGGAGGGACUGGUUGCUUUCUCUGAGCAUGGUUUAAUAAUAAGAUGGUGGUCAUUGGGAUCUGCAUGGUGGGAAAAGCUAAGCCGCAACUUUACUCCCAUACAAUGCACUAAACUUAUAUUUGUUCCGCCAUGGGAAGGCUUCUCACCUAAUUCUUCUAGGGCGAGCAUAAUGGCAAACAUUACUGGUAGACAGGCAAAUUCACAGGUACAUGCUCGGUCAAGUGAUGUGGACAGUUUAAAUCUUUUGCUUCACAAUCUUGACCUGUCCUACCACUUAGAAUGGGUUGGGGAUCGCAAGGUCUGCUUGACAAGGCAUGGGCAAGAGUUGGGGACCUUUCUUUUGUAGCUUCCACAGAAAGUUAUGGGCCAUGGAAGGUAUGCAUCCUUCGACACAGGGAUUGACAAAAGAAAUGUGAGAAUGGUUACCACUAGCAAUUGUUGACCCUGUGACGUUUUUCGGUUUUUGUGAUGUCCAUUUUGGAAGGUCUCAUGGCUCAACAUGAGUGAGAAAAUAUAACUUGGAUUGUUGAAGAGACUCUUAGGUUGAUGAUAUCGUAAAUAGACUAGAGACAAUACAAUUCAUUUUUGGUCUGAAUUUUCGCUAAUUCUUCAACUCUGUUAGCCCUUCUUUGCUUCUUGAUUUUGCUUGCUUUCCCUUUGUUUCUUACGGUAUUACUUUAGUAAUUUUUUUUUUUUUUUUUAGAAUACUAUUACUUUAGUAAUUUGUUACAUUGACUUUUGUGGUCUAAAGAUAAUAAUAGAAUUAUAAUGUUUAUAUUAUCUAUAUUAGUUCUCCUAUUAAU